CUGCUGGCACAGGAGCUGCCUGGCAGGGAGCUCAGCUCUGUGCCACACAGGCUCUGCCCAGGGGCUCUGGAGGCUGUGCUUCAGGUCACCCACACAAGUGCCCGCUCAGCAUUCAUCACUGCCAGCCUGCUGUCCAGCUCCAUCCAGGGGGCUUUGCAGAGGGGAACAGCUUUGGUUCCUUUGGCCUCUGGCUGCUGGUCCAGCUGUCCCAGCCCCUCUUCCCACAAGGAUUUUCCCAGCUUUCCUUCCUGCCUCAUCUCCUGACCCAUCACAGCAGGGUGGACCUUCUGCCGUGCUGCCCUUGAAGUGUCCAAGCUCUCAGCCUCGAGCUGCUGCGAGGAGUUUGUCCUGUUGUCACUGAAAAUGAGGAAUUAAACUCUCUAACACUGCGAGGAGUUUGUCCUGUUGUCCCUGAAAAUGAGGAAUUAAACUCUAAGCAUUUUAAUUUCAAUAUUAGAAUUGGCAUUUCUUUAUUUCAGCCCCAGGCAUGAGGGGCGUAACUCCCAAUUACACACACCACACCUUGCUGACCAACCAGCUGAAAUCUAUGUAACUUUUACACAUCCAAUACAUUUCCCCAAACUCAUACCUAUAUGCUAAAUUUUCUGCAUGUGUAAUUCACUUCUCAGAGUUUAUUUUCAUUGGUGAAGGGUUCUUUUCAGGGUCCCGGUUGGUCGUUCGGGGAACAUCCCAUUCCUGCAAUUAUUCUUUUUUGGUCACAGACCUCCAAAAACAUUUCUUCUCUUUGAAUGCAUCCCAUUGUUGUUCUUAUAAAUACAUAAUAUAUUGUUGGUUUUUCACAAAUACUAAGAUGAAUGCUAUAUGUAUAAUGUUAAAAUAACUUUGCUUUUAUUCCUGCUAUUAACAAAAACUUAGACAUAACAGCAGUGGUAGCUGAUAUAAUUAUGAGUGAACUGUCUGUUUGGUUGGGAUAACAUCCAGUGAACAUGUAAGGAGGACACUGCUGUUGAUAUGCCAGCUAUCAGCAUCUGCCUUCUGAAGGAAGAAUGGAGCAAGGCUCAGACUGGAAGUGAUAAGGAGAAGGAGCCAAAACCACAGCCAAGAACCACUCAUGCUCUAAAAGGGGAAACCCAAGGAGGGGCCAUGCAAUAUAGUUCCUGGGGUAUAUAAACUAGUUUAUGGGAAAAUAUGGAUAUGCAUAAGGGUGUGUGAGUGUGCACCAAGCAGUAAUGGAAAAGGUAUUUAGGGGUUUCCCCGAAGGUAAAGGUGUGCCCUUCGCUGAGUGCCAAGGCGCACCCGGCCGUAACCUUUGCUUUACUGUCUCAGCCUCCUACUGUCCUUCAUUAAACAUCCUAAAUUUUCAAAGGAGAGUGAACGUGGUCUCACCAAGAUAUUGGUCUGACCAAGAUAUUAAGCUGGUACUUAACCAGCACUGCUCAGGCUCACAGUCUUCACGGCUGAGAUAACCGCUUGCACACGGGACAAAGCCCUAAGGAAUUCCCAAUAUUUCAUUAAACGCGACUUCUUACAACUUUUUUCUCGAAACCAGGAGAGCCACAGCCCCUGCCUACGUGGCCCCAAGAGGCAGGAAGCUGGAGAGAGGAGAGGGAGGACACUCCCUUGCAAGGAGGAGGAGAUAGCAGGUUUGCCCACGGGAUAAAUAAAGUUCAUUCCUCGUCACUGCUCGCGUUCAGUUUCGUUUCCCAGCAGAGCCCUCCUCGUCAGCCGUGCCCGGAGCUGCAGCCAUGGCCCAGGCAAAGGCCAUGGCCGGGCUGAAGGAAGAGCUGACCUGUCCCAUCUGCCUGGACAUCUACAGGGACCCCACGAGCGUGGACUGCAGCCACAGCUUCUGCAAGGAGUGCAUCAAGCAGGCGCUGCGGGGCCAGCAGAGCCCUGCCCGCUGCCCGCUGUGCCACUCGCCCGUCGGGGAGCUGCGGGCCAACUUCCACCUCCGCAACAUCGUGCAGAAGUUCGUGGAUGCUCCCGCGCUCCAGGAGGAGGAACAAGGCAAGGAGAAGGCGGAAAGCUCGGGGCAGGCCGAGGAGGUGCUCCGGUGUGAUUUCUGCCUCCAGGAGCCGCAGCCCGCCGUGAAGACGUGCCUGAGCUGCGAAGCCUCGCUGUGCCAAGCGCACCUGAGCAGGCACAACCUUAAGAACGACCAGAGGAGCCACGUGCUGGUGGAGCCCUGCGACGGCCGGCUUCUGGCUGAGAGGAGAUGCCCCCAGCACGGCAAAGUGCUGGAGUGCUUCUGUGAGACCGACUCGGAGUGCAUCUGCGUCCUGUGCUCCGUCAUCUCCCACAAGAGCCACAGGAUCAUCAGCUUGGAGGAGGCUUUCGGCGAAGCCCAGGAAUCUUAUCCUGGCAUUCUGGAAUCACUGAACAACCAUGAAGCUGCCGUGGAUAAAGCCAUAGCAAACCUGCUGAAACAAAAAGAGGGACUCAAGGUUUGUUUCAAGACUGAUGAGAGCCAGCGGAGGGAACGGCUGGAGAGCCUGUUCAAGGAGAUGCAGAAGGAGCUAGAGAAGAAAAAAGGGGAGGUCCUGAAAGUUCUCAGUGACUAUGAGGAGGAACAACUUUCUAAGAUUCAGACAGAGGUGAAUAAUCACAAGAGGAUGAAGGAUUCAGCCAGCCAGGAUGUCCGGGAGCUGGAGGCUCUGAGGAAUCAGAAGGACACGCUUCUUUUCACCAAGGCUUUUUCAGCGAUCAAAGGCAGGAAAUGCCAGUCACUUCCUAACAUGGAUGGUGUGAUGGUGCCAAAGCCACCCAUUAUUUUGGAGAAAUCAACAAGAGAUAAUAUUCUGAGACUUUUCCAGCAAUUUGUCUCAAACAUGGAGGUCUCCUUUAAGCAGCCAUCACCUUCGGGAUACCAGCAACAGGGACGAGGACCUGGACGGGGACAGAGACAGGGACGGGGACGGAGACAGGGACGUACUGGGAACUGGUCAGAGGCCGGGCCAGGCCCUGCUGUGCCAUGUGAGCUGUUCGGCCCGCGGCACAUCGUGGUUGACGAUUUUCCCUCCACUGUGUCCCAACCAGGGCUGUGGGACCCUGACACCGGGAUCUUCCCCGAGGAGGAGGUGUCAGAAGCGGUCAUGGCCAUGAGCGGCCUUAGGACCUCAGACAUCCUGAUGCAGGAGCAGUCAGGUGGCCGAGAGUCACCCGAGAUCGUAGAGUUCACGACAGCACGGCGCAGCCCAGUUCAGGAUGCCUGGUCAGUGCCGCGUGGCUCUCUCAACGUGGAUCACCAAGGACGUUCCUUUAGGCGCUUUUAGCCGGCCAUUCUGCCGGCAGAAGGACAAAAGGGGCAGGCGCAGCUUUUCUUUUUUCGGCACCCCUCAUGAAGAAAAUGCACAGACCAGCAUGGCUCGCGUGGUGCCGGCAGGGACCACGGGACCAGCAGCAAGAGACACAACAGUUCCGCCAGACAAGAUCAACCUUUCAGCACUGCAGAAUUCUAUAAAACCUGUUUCAAUUGAUAAAGCUUGAGAAUAAACGAACCUACGAACACCAAUUCUCUCCCAAACCAGAAAAAGGAAAGGGUGGAGACACGUAGAGACAAAAACAUAGAGACACCAAGGUCAGUGAAGGAGUCAAAUCCCAGAUGGGAGCAGACUGAGGAGAUGCCUUAGUCUUGGGCUCAAAUUCUCUUGUAAGGCUACGGUGAAGGUAUAAUUGAUACAUCAGAUUUUUUUCCCUGUAACUCAUGAAAUGCACUGGGGGGAUGUAGCAUUCUAACCACAGCCGUGAGCAGGGGCACCCGUGUUGAAGCAAGCAGAUGUUGAAAUAGCUGUGAUCCAAUGAGACGCUUGAACAAAGAGAGAUGAGAAAACUUGCCCCAAGGAUAGGAGAAGAAAACCUCUGUUUCCAGAGAUAAAAGAAGAGAACUUUUGUUUCUAUACUAGAACAGCUCAUCCUUAAAAUUUCACCCCAAUAAGCUGAAAUGGCCCAUGUUGGUGGUUGUGGAAAGACUAUAUCACCAAUGGGAGGGACUUCAACGUUGCAGGUUUCCAGGCAGCCGCUACUCAUGAAAAUUAAACCAUGAGAGAAAUGUUUCGUGUGGAAAAGUCUCCAUGGCAUGGCAAGAGAAACUGUACCCAAGUGAACUGAAAAAUACUAUUCUAGAGGUGGUAAAUUGACUGAAAGUUCCAGGUUGUGUCUCUUUACAUUGUCAAUGGGAAAGGAAAGAAGAAUUGGAGGAGGGUUCUGAAGGUUUAUCCUGAAUCUUUCUUUUUCUUUUAGUUCUGUUAAUAAAGUUUUCUUUCUACUCUUUAAA